AAGAAGUAGCUCCACCGUAGGCUAGCUUUACGAGGAGUUUCCAGUUGUUAGCUGAUUUGAGAGGCUUCAAAACGCAUAACAGUAACAAAAGAAACAUUGGAGAAGAGAUAUUGUCACCGCUGCCAGCGGGUCAUGCAGCUCUCUAAAAGGUAAUGAGCCGUAAAGCCUCGGGGUCUCGGCUCAGCGGCGCCCAGAAACUGCAGCCACACUGGAAUGACUGGCAGUCCAGAUUUGACAGUGUGUCAUCCAGCCAGGACAGAGUAAAGUCCAGAGAGCUUGGUUCUGCAGCGUUGUACGACGUGUUGCCCUCCAGCUGCCCUGACCAACCAGUGGUGCCCAGCGAUGCCUACGCUACUGAAGAUACACACCAGGAAGAGGGUGGAUAUGAAGCUGGUCAAGGCAUCUGUGAUAAUACGUUUGGUUGGAAGUCGAUGGGGCAAGAGUUGAGGUCCGAUGACGUGACAACGGAUUUGACUCCUUUUCAGCAUGGAAACCGUGCUUUAACUUCAAAGGACAUGAAGAAAUUGCAGGACAGAGGAAUGGCUCACUCAGAGGAGUCUCGGCUAGCCAACCUCCUGCGCCGUGUCUCCAGGGAAGAUGAUCGUGACCGAAGGCUCGUCACCCUCAAACAGCUUAAAGAAUUCAUCAGCCAUGGGGAGAGCAAAGUGACCUUGGUCAAACAGAUGGACAACAUCCUCAGCACCUUGAAUGACAUUUUGAACGAGAGCAGUAAGCUGCUGUGGGAGUUGCGUCAGGAUGCGGCAGCCUGCCUUGGUCUCCUCUGUACAGUGCUUAGCUAUGAGGCUGAGCGUAUCUUCAAGUGGCUCUUUCUUAAGUUCACUACAAGCAGCCGUGACGAGGUGAAGCUGUUGUACCUGGUUGCAGCACAGCGUGCUUUGGAGGCUGCUGGAGAAAGGAAGGCCUUCUCUCAUGUCAUGCAGCUGGUGAUGAGUAACCUGCAGUCCAUCUUGGAGAAUGUGGACACCCCAGAGCUGCUUUGUCAAAGUGUAAAAUGUAUUCUUCAGAUCGCUCGAUGCUACCCACAUGUCUUCAGCACAAAUUUCAGGGACACAGUGGACAUCUUGGUGGGCUGGCACAUUGACCACACACAGAAGCAUUCAGUCACUCAGCAAGUUUCAUACUGGUUACAGAGUCUGGAACAGUUCUGGGUGGCAGAUCUGACCUUCUCAACCACCCUGCUGGGACAGUUCUUGGAGGAUAUGGAGGCAUAUGCAGAGGAUCUGAAUCAUGUUGUGUCUGGGGAGGUGGUGGACGAAGACAUCCCCCCUCCCUCAGUAUCUUUGCCCAAGCUGGCAGCUCUGCUGAGGGUUUUCGGUACAGUGGUGCGCAGCAUUGGAGAGCGAUUCAACCCCUUCAGAGGACCACCCAUUACUGAGGUCUAUGUCAAUGAUGUUCUGAACCGGGUCCUGGCUUGUGUCACCACAGCCAAACAGGUCCAAUUCUCUGAGGCUGUUCUAACAGCCGGAAAUGAGUGUGUGGGUGUGUUGCUGGCUAGUGUUGAGCCCUGUGGUCAGCUUAUGGAGGCUGUCUUAGCCUAUGGCCUUGACCAACUGGACUGCUGCCGGGCAUGCGGUUCUGACUACAAUCUCGCCGUGCUUAGCCUUCUCACUCUGAUUGUUGACCAGAUCAACACUAAGCUGCCUGUGUCCUUUGUUGAGAAACUGUUGGCACCAGACUCCCAGCUACUGAAGCUGCGCUUCCAUCGAGAGAAAGAGGUGAUGUCAGCUGUUCAUUGCGUGUACCAAGCACUACUAAGCCUGAAAAACAUCCCAACACUGGAGGCAGCUUAUAAAAUGGUAUUGGGUGAGAUAAUGUGUGCCUUGUCCAGCCUGAUGGCAACCCUGGAACCCACUGGUAGGGCCCUGGUACCCCCUGCCACUUGCCCCAGCAUUGAGCACCCUGCUUUUGCCUCCAUCACCCAGCCCCCGGAGAUUGCCCAGUUCAUCCUUAUCUUCAACCUCAGCACCCUCACCACCAUCGGAAAUACAAAGAAUUCUCUUAUUGGGAUGUGGGCGCUGUCUCCUACUGUCUUCGCCCUCCUCAGUCACAAUCUGAUGCUGGUCCACUCUGAGAUAGCAGUCCAUUUCCCUGCCAUCCAGUAUGCUGUACUCUUCACCCUGUACUCCCACUGUACCAGACAUGAUCACUUCAUAUCAUCCAGUCUGUCGUCAUCGUCUCCCUCCUUGUUUGAUGGCGCUGUCAUCAGCACUGUGACCACAGCAACUAAGAAACAUUUCAGCACACUCUUAAGCCUUCUGGGAGGUCUUCUGGUUAAGGAGCACCUGUACUACGAGGCCAGGAGACUGCUGCUGACCUGGGCUCAGGAAAUCUCUGUGCUGAUGAAGAAGUCAGACACCUACUGUCCUCUCUUCUCCCUGCCCUCCUUCCACAAGUUUUGCAGGGGCCUGCUGGCUAAUGCUCUGAAUGAAGAUCAAAGUAUCUGCCUUCAGACUUGCCACAGCUUACAGGUUCUGUCUUCAUCACUGUCCACUGAGCUGUUGCAGAGGUGUGUGGAUGUGUGCAGAGUCCAGCUGGUCCACUCGGCAGUGAGGGUGAGGCAGGCUUAUGGCAAGCUGCUCAGGAUGAUCCCCCUUGAUGUAGCUUUGAGUAAUCACAGCCACCAUAAGAUGAGGGAGAUGUCAAUGGCUAUCCGCAACCAUAUGAGCAGAGCAUCAAGCAGCACAUUCCACCCCCAGGACUUCAGCGAUCUCAUCAGCUUUAUCUUAUAUGGAGUCCUGCACCGCGGAGGCAAGGAUCCCUGGUUGGAGCGUCUAUACUACAGCUGCCAGCGGCUGGAGAAACGGAACGGCCGAGGAGGUGUUGAUGGCAACAGGCAGAAUGUAGUACCACAUGCCCUGUUGAAAACGGAGACAGUUCUGUGGCAGUGGGCAGUGUGGGAGGCUGCACAGUUCACUGUAAUGUCCAAACUCAGAACACCACUGGGCCGAGCCCAAGACACCUUCCAGACCAUUGAAGGUAUGAUCCGGAGUCUGGCUGCCCACAGUCUGAACGCAGAACAGGAUGUUGGCGCUUGGGCUGGUGCUGGGGGUGAUGGGGAUGGUCACCAUUCUAACCAACUUCGUCUUGCUCUGCUUCUUCAGUACCUGGAGAACCUGGAAAAACUCAUGUACAAUGCCUAUGAGGGCUGUGCAAAUGCUCUCACUGCUCCACCAAAGGGCAUCAGGACAUUCUUCUACACCAACCGGCAAACAUGCCAAGACUGGCUGACAAGGAUCCGCCUGGCACUGAUGAGGGUUGGUCUUCUCUCUGGCCAACCUGCAGUUACCAUUCGUCAUGGAUUCGACCUGCUUUCAGAGAUCAAGAACAGCAGCACCCAGGGUCCUGAGCUGGAGGUUCCUUUGACAUUGCUGGUGGAGGCUUUGUGUGAACUGCGCUGUCCUGAAGCCAUCCAGGGCCUGUCAGCCUGGAGUCUCCUUACUACUGGCAGGAGUCUAAGCUGGCUGUCAUCAGUUGCACUACAAGCUGAGGGACGGUUUGAGAAGGCAUCUAUGGAGUAUCAGGAUCAGCUAUCAGCAGUUACAGGGAUGGACUGCAGCAUCAAAAGUCCUGAAUAUUGUCUGCUCAAAUUCUCCAGCAACACAAGUAGUCCCAAACACACCAGCAACGGUGACAUCAAGAAGACAGUGCUACUUAAGUCCAGUGAGUGUCCUCCUGAGGUGAUCAACUUCCUGGCCAACAAAGCGUGCCAGUGCUAUGUGGCACUCUGUGAUUGGGCAUCUGUCAAGGAGUGGCAGGCCACCAUCCAAGCCAUCAAACAGAACUCAACCAAUCCAGUAAGCAUCAACCUAAGUACAGAUUUCAACUACAUCCAGGCUCUUAGCAGCUUUGAAGACGGUGAUCUAGAUGAGUGUGGGGUUCAGCUGGAGCUGCUACCCGGAGAGGACUACAGCUCGCUCUCCAACACCAAAGACAAGCUAGAUCUUAAGAGGCUUCUUCCCUUCAUAAGUCCGGAUCCAACUGAGCUACAGAAGGCCGUUGAAGUGCAGCUUCUCCGUAGCGCUGUUAGUGCCAUGGCGAAAGCCAGUGAACAGCAGCAGCCAAAGACCACAGCCAGUCCAGAUAUAUUGGUGCGUUGCCUGAAGCAGACUGGACGGAUCUGUUUGGGCCCUCUUCGCUUGUCAACCCUCACGCUAUCUGAUGCCCUGCCCAGUCUGCCUACAUUGCAGCUCCACUGUACUGCCACCCUUGAGAACACACUCACCGGACAAGAAGACUGUGUCAUUCCCUUGUCCAGUGAGGCUCUGAGCUCUUGUAAACAACAGGAUGUCCAGCCUUUCCUCCAGGCCCUUAGAUACACCAUGUUCCAGAGGCAACUGCUCCAUAAAGUCAAAGGUUACUCUUCUUCCAUCGAUGGCCACCUAACAGAGCUUUGUCUGACUGCUGUCAAAUUUGCCCGGAAAAAAGGCAACAUUGCUCUGGCAUCCCGCCUGCUCAGCCAGUGCACUGACGAGACACAAGAGGAGGAGCAGCAGGACGAACUGAGCAAAUCCUUGAGGCGUCUCACCCUGAAGGGCACUGUGGGGGAGAAGUGGGGACCAGAGUUGCAGAUGGAAAGAGCCAAAGUCCUAAGAAAUGCAGGCCAGUCCAUGCCAGCCAUGGAGAUGCUGAGCAGAGCUGCUCUGUCCUACUGCCAUGUUGGGAAGAAUGAAGGUGCUGCAUGCCGCUCACUGCUGACACUCUGCAAAUGGCUGUUGGCUGACUGGAAAGACUUGACACCUCAGCUUAAACAGGUGUUAAAGAAGACAGGAGCAGUAAACUCAUCAAAUACAGCAGCCAGCAUGUCACCCCUGACUCAGAUUAUAUCCGCUCUCCUGGAGCUUCCUCUUGAAGUCCAGGGCAUUCCCCAGAUCAGUGCUGAAAUUUCAGUGAGUGUGGGGGUCGGGGAACCAGACUUUGUGUUGGGUCAACUCUACCAGCUCUCUGUCAGCUUGGCUCCAGAGAUGGCCAAGGCCUGGGCAGCCCUGGCCAGCUGGGCCUACCGUUGGGGCAGGAAAGUGGUGGAUAAUGCAAGCCAAGGGGAAGGAUUACCUCUUCUUCCUGGGGAAAAGAAAGAGAUUGAGGAGCUGCUGCCAGCAACUACCAGUGAAAAAGACAAAGACACCAUCUUCAGCAUUCUUGGACAGGCAAUGUGUCGACCUACUGGCAUCCAGGAUGAAGACAUGGCUCUACAGCAGGAAGACGAUGAAGACGACAUGGUAGACUUGAUCUGGCGGCAUCUCACUGGCUCAUGCCCAUGGCUAGUGGAGGCAGGCCAGCUUGUAACAGAUGGUCUAAUACGGGUUUGGAGACGUGUGGUGGGCCGUAUCUUUGGCCUCUACAGGGUGUCCUGCCAAGCCUAUUUUACCUUCCUCAAGCUCAAUGCUGGACAGGUCCCUAUAGAUGAGGAUGACCCUAAACUCCUGCUAUCAUAUCACAACAUCAAACAGAGCAAUGAUGAUUUGAUCGUCAUGGCAACCCUACGUCUUCUACGUCUGUUGGUGAAGCAUGCUGGUGAAUUAAGGGAAAGGCUUGAGCUGGGCUUAGCCUCCACACCAACAGCACCCUGGAGGGGUAUCAUCCCACAGCUUUUUUCACGUCUCAACCAUCCAGAGGCAUACAUUCGACAGAGCAUAUGCAGCCUGCUAUGUCGAGUGGCUCAGGACUCUCCACAUCUCAUCCUCUACCCUGCAAUUGUGGGCUCCCUCUCUCUUGGAGGGGAGGCUCAUAACGCAGGGAGUAAAUUACCUUCAGCUCUGCCCACAUUCUUGGGCAGCAUUCAGGGAGAGGGCCUGGAUGGGGUGGGGGAGGAGCAGCUCGAUAACUGCGGGCAAGUAGGAGCUCCUGAAGAGCUGCCUACCUUCUGCUCCAGUCAGGACCAAGCCAUGAUGCAGGAUUGUUACAGCAAGAUUGUGGAGAAACUAUCCUUUGCAAACCCUACUAUGGUGCUUCAGGUCCAGCAGCUAGUUGGAGAGCUACGCAGAGUGACCCUUCUGUGGGAUGAACUGUGGCUGGGUGUAUUACAACAGCAACACAUGCAUGUCCUGCGUAGGAUCCAACAACUUGAAGAUGAGGUCAAGAGGGUGCAGAACAACAACACACUCCGCAGGGAUGAAAAGAUUGCCAUUAUGCGUGAGAAACACUCUGCCCUUAUGCGUCCAGUAGUUUUUGCCUUGGAUCAUGUCUGCAGCAUUACAGCUGCUCCAGCAGAGACCCCACAUGAAACAUGGUUCCAGAAGACUUAUGGUGAUGCCAUUUCAUCUGCGCUAGAGCGACUUACAAACCCUUCAAACCCUGCCAGUCCUGCCAGCAGCUGGCUCCCCUUCAAGCAGAUCAUGAUGAGCCUGCAACAGCGUGCUCAGAAGCGAGCGAGCUAUCUGCUUCAUCUGGAUGAAAUUAGUCCUCGUUUGGUGUCCAUGAGCACAACAGAGAUGGCUUUGCCAGGCGAAGUAUCAGCAUCAGAUGCUGUCACCAUACAGAGUGUCGGCAACACCAUCACCAUCCUGCCCACUAAGACCAAGCCAAAGAAGCUCUUCUUCCUGGGCUCAGAUGGACGUAACUACCCAUACCUAUUUAAAGGUCUGGAGGAUUUGCAUUUGGAUGAACGCAUCAUGCAGUUUUUGUCUAUUGUCAACACCAUGUUCACCAAGAUCAACCAACAGGAGCAGCCAUGUUUCCAUGCCCGCCACUACUCAGUCACACCUCUUGGAACUCGAUCGGGACUCAUCCAGUGGGUGGAUGGAGCCACGCCGCUCUUUGGCCUGUACAAGCGCUGGCAGCAGAGGGAGGCUGUGCUGCAGGCUCAAAAGGCACAAGACUCAUUCCAACAGCAGCCAGUGCCUCCAGUACCCCGCCCCAGUGAGCUCUACUACAGUCGCAUUGGGCCGGCUCUAAAAGCAGUGGGGCUUAGUCUAGAUGUGACACGACGAGACUGGCCUCUCGGUGUCAUGAAGGAAGUGCUGAAAGAGUUGAUGGAAGCUACUCCUUCCAACCUGUUGGCCAAGGAGCUGUGGUGUUCCUGCACAACACCCAGUGAAUGGUGGGGGGUAACUCAGUCCUACGCCAGAUCCACUGCGGUUAUGUCGAUGGUGGGAUACAUUAUUGGCCUUGGUGACCGUCACCUAGACAAUGUGUUGAUUGACAUGACCACUGGAGAGGUGGUGCACAUCGACUACAAUGUAUGCUUUGAAAAAGGAAAAAGCCUACGUGUGCCAGAGAAGGUCCCAUUCAGGAUGACCCACAACAUUGAGACUGCUCUAGGAGUCACUGGGGUGGAGGGCAUCUUCAGGCUGUCCUGUGAACAGGUGGUUCAGAUGAUGCGCAGGGGCAGAGAGACACUACUGACCCUGCUUGAGGCCUUUGUCUAUGAUCCUCUGGUCGACUGGACUGCUGGGGGGGAGGUGGGCUUCGCUGGUGCAGUUUAUGGAGGAGGAGGCCAACAGGCUGACAGUAAGCAGAGCAAGAGGGAAAUGGAGAGAGAUAUCACACGCUCUCUCUUCUCCUCCAGGGUUGCUGAGAUUAAGGUAAACUGGUUUAAGAAUCGUGACGACAUGCUGACUGUGCUGCCACAAGUGCAGGAGGCUGUUGAGGAGUACUUGGUUCUGCAGGAGCUGCUCUGCCAGGGGGAGAAACUACAAGCAAAGCUGCAGGAGGAGAUGUGCUUCCUGGAGGAAGCAGAGAACCAUCCUGACCAUGUACUCCUUACCCUGGAGCAAAGGUACUCUGAACACACCCAGCUACAGUCACGGCAACUGACGGUGCAGGAGGCGAUUGAAAGCAAGCUGGCUGACCUCGACCAGUGGAUCUCCCAGUACCAGGCAGCAUUCUCAAACCUGGAAGCCACUCAGCUGGCCAGCCUGCUGCAGGACAUCAGCAGCUCUAUAGAUAUGGGUCCUCCUAGCUAUGUGCCAGCUACAGCUUUCCUGCAGAAUGCAGGCCAGGCCCAUUUGAUAAGCCAGUGUGAGAGCUUAGAAGCAGAGAUGAGCUCCUUGCUGCAGCAGCGACGUGGGGCCCUGCGUGGUUGCCUGGAGCAGCUGCACAGCUAUGCUACAGUGGCCUUGCUGUACCCACGGGCCACGCUGCUGCUCCAUCGCACACACCAGUGGAAGACCUGGCUGGAGGAACUUCUGGCAGAUAUGACAGUGGAGCACUGCCAGCACAUCUACAGACAAUAUGAGGUGCUCUUUGCCCCUCAACCUCCUGCAGCCUUCUGCCAGUUCCUGUCCAGUGUGGAGUUGUCUUUGCAGCAUCAACUUGCUGACACCAACGAGUGUGUGAUUCAACAGACGGAGCGACUCAAGGCUGAUGGCACAAAUGUAGCAGCUUGCGAGGAGCAGUUGCAUGAGAUUGAACACUGCAUUACAGUAUUCCUUCGGGAGAAUGCAGAGUCUGGAUCCCUCAGCAUGGCAUGCAUAAUCACCUCUGCUCUCUGCACACUCUGCAGGCGCAACUUGGUAAUGGAGGGAGCAGCAGCUAGUGCUGGAGAGCAGCUGGUAGACCUGACAUCUCGGGAUGGGACAUGGUUUCUGGAAGAGCUCUGUAGUUUGAUUGGAAAUGUCAGUGCCUUAGCAAAUUUGCUACAACGCUGCCCACACCUCACCCAUGACUUGGAGCUACCUGCUCCCUCAGCUACCACCCAGGCUGUGUACCUGGCCAGUGCUGUGUACACCUGCUUGCAGGAACUGAACACUAACUUCCGUCAGAUCAUCUUCCCAGAGGCUCUGCGCUGUAUGGUUAAAGGAGAGCCAACUCUGGAGUCCAUGUUGGCAGAGCUGGAGCAACUUGUGGAACAAGGCUCUGAUGGUCUGGGCCUCCAGAAUUUGGUCGAUAGUCUGCAGGCCACUACAGGCCUGGACCCUGACGGUCACAACCACUGCCUCCACAUAACCAGGAUGCUGCGUGCUCAGUACUCUGAGCUGAUUCAGCCUCGUAGCAUGGAGGGACCAGGCCAGGACACACCAAAAAUGUCUGCAGGUCAAAUGUUGUUGGUGGCCUUUGACGGCAUGUUCACCCAGCUAGAGACUGCCUUUGCGCAGCUCACAGAGAAGCUGAGCUCUCUGGAGAUGCCCUUAGCCUGGAGCAAGGUAGAUGUUCUGAGGGAGGCUGGAGCCACACAGCUCAGCAUCUUUGAUUGCCUGAAUCAGCGGCAGUUGAUGGAGGAUGUAUUCUUCCUCAAGAGACUGCAAACCAUCAGGGAUUUCUUCAGGCUUUGCUCUUCCUUUGCUCAAUCUCUGUCUGGUACACCAGCUGAAGACAUUUUACCUAUAAAUGGACCAGUUGGUUUAGGAAAGCCACUAUACCGGCAUCCCAGCGCAACAGUGUCAGGUGUGACAGUGGCCAGUGAGGAACAGAUGACCCGCCCCAUCAAGGUCUUCACAGCUGACUUUGUUCGUCAAAUGCUCAUGGGUCUGCCCAGCCAAGCCCUUGGUCUGGCUCUUUGCAGCUCACUGUCUGCCAUUUGCCUGGACAUUGUUGCCCAGGUAGAAGCAAAAGACUUUGGUGCUGAAAGCAAGGUGCCUCUGGAAGAGCUUUGUAAAAAGGCAGUGGAGCAGAGCCUGGGAUCAGGCCGGGUCACACAGCUCCUGCUUAACAGAGCCACAGUACUGGCCUCCUCCUAUGACGCCGCCUGGAAAAAAGUAGACCUGUUAAGAAGGAUGGACGCUAACCUGGAGGCUGCCAAGGCCAGCCUGCAGAGAAGCCAGCUGCACGUUGCAAUGUUUCAGUGGCAACAUGAAGAUGUUCUGGGCCCCAGUAGUCCGCCUCUAAGUGUUAGCAUUCCUCCUCGCUCUGUCAUUCUCGGCAACAUGAAGAAAAAGCUGUACAAGCUGAGUCAAGAUGAGGGAGCGAUAGUUGCCAUUCAAGAGAAGCUGGCGUCGCUUGAGGCUAGCAUUGAACAGCGUCUGAAGUGGGCUGGUGGAGCCAACCCGGCACUUGCCCCUGUCCUGCAGGAUUUCGAGAUGACUAUUACGGAUAGACGCGCUAUGGUUGCCAGAGAAAACCAGCGCACCAGCCAGGUCACCUUUUUAUGUUCCACCAUCCUGAACUUUGAAAGCCUUCGGACCCGAUCCCCUGAAGCACUCAACAUGGAUGCAGCGCUGUUUGAUCUGUUGAAACGCUGCCAGCAGACCUGUUCCUAUGCUGCCCAAUUUAAUACCACAGUGUCUCCUCUGGAGCUCCAACUACUUAACAGACUGAGCCCAGUGCUGGACCUGCCAAUAGGAAGUCCUGAUUGGCUGUGCUGUGCCCAGAGGAAGCUGGAAGAGGAGCUGAGUGUUGAGCAAAGGACUCGGGAGGAGCGAGAGCAGCAGCUGGAGUCAUGUGGGGAGACACUGCAGCUACUUGUUGACUCAAUUAAGACCAUUCUUUCCAACCACAAUCGCCAGCUGGCAGAUGUCAAACACUUGCUGAGAGCAAUGGCUAAGGAUGAAGAAGUGGCAUUGGCAGAUGGAGAAGAGGUGGCAUAUGAAGGCAGCGUGCGUCACUUCCUAUUGGAGUACAAAGCAUGGCAGGACAACAUCCAGCUGGUGUUAUUUACUUUGGUUCAAGCCAGUGGGCAGCCUCGCAACCACGAGCAGCUUGAACUUUUGGAGGAGAUUCCAUCUACACUGAAGGAGCUGCAGUCUCAAAGCCAAAGUGUAUACAAUGGCCUGGUGGGCUUUGCCUCUCCCCUGGUGACGGACAGAGACAAUGAAUGUGCCAGUCCUGUUUCUGCAGCACAGACGAGCUUUGCAGCAGCUGUAAGAUGCAGUGGAGUGAAGACCCAGCCUGACUCAAUGUCCCAAAAUGCACGCAAGACUCUGCAACGUAACCUGGGAACCCCCAAUGAUACCCCACCAAGCACUCUGCUGAUGAACAGUAAAGGUCUAAACCCCAGCCCAAAGAGGGCUGUACGAGACCCCAAAACAGGACGAGCUGUCCAGGAGAGAAACUCGUAUGCAGUAAGUGUAUGGAAGAGAGUCAAAGCCAAGCUGGAGGGCAGAGACAUUGAUCCCAACAGGAGGAUGAGCGUUACUGAGCAGGUGGACUUUGUCAUCAAGGAGGCCACCAACAUGGACAACCUGGCCCAGUUAUAUGAAGGCUGGACUGCCUGGGUGUGAAUGCUAUGCUGGUUCAUGUCUAUGAUCCAAAGAAGGCUUGGAGAUCCACCAGAGGUCCAGUGGGUCUGGGGUGUCGCCACAGCAGCACCAGGUUACUCUGGGGGAAGGAAAUGUGAAGCGGAUGCUUAGUCCGCCCUAGCAAUCUCCUGGGGCAGUGACCUUGUGGCACCGCUGCAACCACACUCCCCCAACCAUCGGCGAUUGGGCUAACACUUUGCGUAGUUGGCCAGCUGCCAUGCAUUCCUUUAUGGGGUUUGACAAGGCAAAGCAGUGCUGAUUUCGGGGAAGGGGGUAAGGGGCUUGUUGCCUCUUUACCCUUAACUUGGAUAUACCUUCUCCAUUCAUUUGCAUAGCUCUCUUUCAAGUUGUGCCCAUAAACCCCACUUCAUCCUUUGAGAAAAUCAAACUCCACCUGAAGACAAGAUGAGGCAGGAAGUGAGUGGUUAAUCUCUGAAGCAUACAGCACGAGCUGCGGGUGGGACUUCAUUGGGACCAAAGCUCAGAUGGAUGGUACAUUUACUAUGCCACAACAUUUGUGUUCUCUAAUCUUUUCCUCAAUGGUCAUGUGACUCUGAUUGACCCGUUGGUUGCUCGAUUGGGCAAAAAUGGUGGGAAUGAAGGUUAAACAGUUUUCUUUAGGCUACUUGAAUACCCUAAAAUGAAAUAAAUACAUUGAAAACAAAUAGUCAAACGGUAAUUUGAUUGUUAUGCCUUACAGUUAAGACUGACAGUUCACUGUUGUCAGAUUUCCCAUGUGCUUUUGUGGAAAGAACAAACAUCCUGUUGUAUGAAAUACUUUUGGAAUGCUCAUUUUUAGAGCUUAGAAAAUACAUGCAAAGAGUCACUCAGACACCUGUCUGCUUCUUUUUCUUCUUUGUGUAUCUUUUGUGUGUGUUGUGAUUUGUAAAUUCCAGUCCUUUGUUAGAUAUAGCUAUAGGAGAGUUCUGCCUUAUUUGCCUUGCCUUUCAGAAGAUGUUGCUUGUCUCAUGUAUUCACUCCACAGCCCCUAUCCUUGCAUUUUAUUAUUCUUGACCUUCAAGUUUUACAUUUUUAGUGGGAGACAUUCAUUUUGGGUGAUGGUGUAAAAUGUUAAUUCUUUAUGCUUUUAUUGAAUUUUGUUGUAUGCCAAAUUAAACAUUAAACUAAA